UGGCCUUGCUCACAAAAUGCCAUAUCAUAUAGACUAAAUAAUAGCAGAUCACCUCACCUCACUGAGACAGUUAAGCCUGUAACUCUGGUCCAGCCGAGGAAACCGACAGUUGCUAAACGCGCGCGCCUGUAAUUAAAAAAGGAUAGCACUGACGCACCUUUCUUGCGCAAUCAAAUGUGCAAAAGCGCAACAGUCGCUCUACCCCAGAGCUUCAAACGCAGAGGUCYAGAUUUCCACGGUCAUCUUCUUGAGACCACACCAAAAUGAACGGGAACACACUGUUCAUCCCGGGUGAAACGUGAGUAGCCUGAACUGAACUGAAAAUUAAGUUGGCUGAUGUUACCUUUACCUGAAGACAAGGCGGAAUAGGGAGAGGGACAACAGAGAAUGACAAAGACGUUCUCAGAGUAAAUGAGUUGAGUACCCAUAACAGAGAUGAUAGUGCAUGUUGUAAAGCGCAUGCGCAGGUUACCACUUUUGCUUUAGUUUAGGACGGUUGGUUACAAUUUGCUCCCAACUAUUGUAGCUAUUUAUAGCCCACAAAAAAAACAUUAAACUGCUUAAAUCAGCUUUAUCUGAUAUGACCUGAGUUAGAACCAUCAACAACAAGCAGGUUAAGUAACUGUAGUGGUUAAAUACAGUCAUUUGUUUACACCGGAUAAUUCAGUACGUUGUAGAUUAUGUAACGGGUAAACCCGGCCUUGGUAACCCUUUACCAUUCACACUGCUGGAGACUACAUGCGCUUKUAUUAAUGACCUAAUUAAAACCGAAAAGGAAAGCAAUAAAAUUAAAUUAAACGUUUUAUAAUUAGUCUAUAAUGACACAUUUUCUUUCUUCAUAUUUCCAUUGGCCGUAUCAUAUAUCAAGCUACUGAGAAAAAAAAACUCCAGACAAACAUAUAGGCCUAGCCUAUAGGCCUAAACGUUUUGCGUUUUGCUUGCCUGCCCUCAUAUUUAUUUAGGUAAAAUUCGUUGGUUGGGCUAUGUUUUAACCGGGCACUACAGAAUAAAGACCGACCCUCUGCAGCAAACAAACGGCCGUGAGUUAUUACAUAAGUCUUGGUGACAUAACCUCUGAGCGCGAGCUCGGGACGACAGCCAGGGCGCAAAGAGCAAGCGGGUUGAAACCGGAGUAGCCUGAACUGCUUGUACAAGGAAGUUCGUUGRAAAAAUGAAGUUGGCUGAUAUUAUKCUCACGUGAAGACAAMACGGAAUAUGGAGAGAGAGUGACAACAGAYAAUGACAAAGACGUUGUCAGAGUAAAUGAGSGUACUGACUCUAACAGAGAUGGUAGUGCAUGUUUUAAAGCGCAUGCGCCGUCCCUGCCUCUAGAACAGCAGGUAGUUCUAUAUAUUUAGAAAUAAAGAUCCAAAGUUUUUYAAGUUAUUUAUGGUGCKUUGUGCAUAGCAAAACGCGCGGUAGAAUAGACAAUAAAAAGGGGUGUGUAGACACGCUUGUCCCAGGAGUGUGAAGUGGCGUAGUGUGUGUCAGAGCCAGGUGCAAGCACACGCAGUUUGUUUUGACGGGGGGAGUUAUGGAAUAUGAGGAGCCCGAAUCACCCGAACACAUCACUACAGAAGAACCAAUCAAAAGAGGAGACACUGUGUCCAAGAAGACUCAUUUGACUCAGAUUGAGGUGAUUCCCUGUAAGAUCUGUGGUGAUAAAUCAUCAGGAGUUCACUAUGGAGUCAUCACCUGCGAGGGCUGCAAGGGUUUUUWCCGGCGUAGCCAGCUGCCGUCCGUGUCCUACUCCUGUUCCAGACAGAGUAACUGUCCUAUAGACAGAGCCAGCCGCAACCGCUGCCAGAGCUGCCGACUGCAGAAGUGUGUGACCCAGGGCAUGAGCCGGGAUGCGGUGAAGUUUGGUCGGAUGUCGAAACGUCAGCGUGAGUCUCUGCGUGCCGAGGUGGAGAGACACCGUCAGCAGCAGCAGCAGCAGCAUCUCCAGGCAGAGGCCCAGCCCGCCCUGCCCUACCCCAGCAAGGCAUGCCGUUUCCGGACACCCCACCUGCUCCAGGCCCCGGCUCCGGCCUACUCCUUCCCUGGAGAGCCAGAGCUGCCACCCUGCCCGACAGAUGUGCCCCUACCUGGUGUGCUCCCCAGGCGAGUCCCAGGCUCCAGGUCUGGCCUACCAGGGUCCUGUGUGUCUCCUGGCAGUGGGCACUCAGACAAAGAGGUAAGGGAGUGGACACAUACGUACACACCUCGAAACACAUAA